GCCUCUUGUUGGCGACCACCAGUGUUUCAGACAGAACAAAACUGACGCUCUAUCGAUAGUUACUGACACAAACUGCAUUUUUAAGUUUUCAGCUACUGCUGUGAUGGCAGCUUCUCAAGAGCAGCAGGUACAUUAUACAGAGGAAAAACCAAUUGUCAGCCCUGGAAACCCGGUGUUCACCUGCAAGAUGACUCCUGAAACCAACAGCCAACUUUCAGGACAACAGGCAAAACAACAGAAUCUUUUGUACAGGACCACGUCCAAUGACUAUGGUCUUCUCUCUCCAACCAUUGAAACCUCACCUUAUUCUUAUCAUCCCAAGAGAAGCAGAUUCACUGAAAACCUCAACAAGGCUGGAAUGCAUCGUGACACCUCCUUGAAUACGUCGCUGGACCGAAGUCGGGUGAUUGACUGCCCCAAUUUGCAGCACACCAUCAAUAACUAAUAAAACCAUGGAAUGAGCUUACUUCAGUGACAUGAUUGAAUGAUCUUACAUAGUAGUAAAAUAUGAAUUGACAGUAUCCAGU